GAUUUUUAAAACCCAAUACCCAUAUUUCAGAAAUGUCAUUAGUCUUCAUAAAUAGACACCAGAACUCUUUUUUUUUCUGUUACUAGAAAAUAUUGCACCUGGGACAGACCCCUAAAAUGCCUGGAACUGAGUUCAAGACAAAUAUUUCAGUUUUCGAUAAACCAUAACACUGAUUCUGCUUCUCUCUGACAUUUGAAGUGUUGUAUAAACACUGCAGAGCAUUUUGGUAGCUAAAUAAACUAUAUAAACUUUUUUGGUCUUGAUAAUCCAAGACACACAUGAAAACUGUUAACAAUUCUUUUUUGUCCCUUGAAUAAGAAGAAUUUCAGUAUUUACUGAACAAUAUGAACACCAGUGCUUUAUUCUCUAUAUGGGCAGUAGCAUUCUGCUCAGUGCAUGCACACGAGACCAACCCAUCAGUAGUUUCCCACCUGAAGAAAGUUACUCAGUCUAAUGAGUCACGUGAUGUGUGAGUGAUUAAUAAGUGUCAGGUGACUUGAUUUAGUGGUUUAAAAGGAAGGCUUGCAGGCUCCUGAGCUGUUAUUGUUUUGUGGUUUUAUGAGUCAGCAGUGAAGCAGUAUUACGGCAGGCCUGAAGCCUUCUGCUGGUCACAAGUUUGGUCAAUAUGUGGGAUUGUAAAAGGCUCUGGUUACUCUUCUUUGCUUUGUUAUAUUUAAAAGAUGUAAGGGCUCUUGGAGUGUGGCGUAAAAGGUCUGCACAGGAUUGGUACAGUGUUGCUGCCCAGAUCCCUCUGGCUCUGCCUAAGGAACCUGCCUCCUUUCAUGAUGGAGCCCAAAUGUCCACAGCCAUGAGGAAUGAAGGAUUCCAGCGUCAGAACUUUGUUUUAUAUGCACAAGCUGCAUCUAAUCAAGAUGUUUCAAGCACUGCUCUUCAGAACAGCUAUGGGACUCCAUCUUCAGUAAGAGUGCAAUCUGAUAACACUGUCUCUUCUUCCUUGCCCCAGCAAAGGCCACAAGAUAUUAGUACUUUCCAAACGAGUCAAUCCUGGAUGCAAAAUGCUAGCUCUUACAGUGGUUCUCGACACCAAACCUCAACUGGCUCUGGGCUGUCCCAAGAGUUUGCAAGCCUGUAUGCUGGUCAAUCAAGCUCCUCUCCUGCCUUUAUUGUGACUCAGCCAGCCUCUGUCAGCACUGUGUCCAAUGGUUCAACUUCAAGCUCCUAUAGUGCUUCUCAAAGCCAAGGCUCAACUGGUUAUGGGCUCUCUCAAGGGCUUGCCAGCCAAUUUGGUAGCGUCCAGACACAAGGUACAACUCAGCUGAGCUCUGCCCCAGGUUUAACUGUGAUCCGACAGGCCUCUCCAAGUGUAGUUUCACGUGGUUCAACUUCCAGUAGCUCUGGCACUGGUUCUCAGAGCCAAGGCUCCUCUGUCUAUGGGCUAUCUCAAGGGCUUGCCAGCCAAUAUGGAUAUGGUGGAUUCCAGACACAGCAAGGUACAACUUGGCUGAGCUCUGCCCCAGGUUUAUCUGUGAUCCAGCCAUCCUCUGACAGUGUGGUGUCCAGUGGUUCUGCUGCCAGUACUUCAAGCUCCUACAGUGGUUCUCAAAGCCCCUCAGUCUAUUGGCAAUCACCAAGCUCACUUUCCAGUCAACAUGUUGGUUCACAGGGACAGCAAAGUAUCAAUCAGAUGAGCUCUGCCCCAGGUUUAACUGUGCUCCAGCAGGCCACCCCAAGUGUAGUUUCAAGUGGUUCUACUUCCAGUGCUUCAAGCUCCUACACUGGUUCUCAGAGCCAAGGCUCAACUGGUUAUGGGCUCUCUCAAGGGCUUGCCAGCCAAUUUGGUAGAGUCCAGACACAACAAGGUACAACUCAGCUGAGCUCUGCCCCAGGUUUAUCUGUGAUCCAGCCAUCCUCUGACAGUGCAGUGUCUAAUGGGUCUUCUAGUACAUCAAGCUCCUACAGCAUUUCUCAAAGCCAAGGCUCAACUGUCUAUGGGCCAUCUCAAGGGCUUGCCAGCCAAUAUGGUGGAUUCCAGACACAGCAAGGUACAACUUGGCUAAGCUCUGCCCCAGGUUUAACUGUGAUCCAACAGGCCUCUCCAAGUGUAGUUUCACGUGGUUCAACUUCCAGUACUUCAAGCUCUGGCACUGGUUCUCAGAACCAAGGCUCCUCUGUCUAUGGGCUAUCUCAAGGGCUUGCCAGCCAAUAUGGAUAUGUUAGAUUCCAAACACAGCAAGGUAUAAAUCAGCCAGGUUCUGUUCCUGCCAUUGUGACCCAGCCAGCCUCUGACAGUGCCAUGUCUAAUGGCUCUAGUAUGUCAAGUUUCUACAGUGGUUCUCAAAGCCCUUCUACCUCUUGGCUCUCACUAGCACUUUCCAGACCAUCUGGUAGUGUCCAGACACAUCAUGGCAUAACCCAGCUUGGCUCUCUACCUGGAUUAUCUGUGACCCAGCCAUCCUCUGACAGUGCAGUGUCUAAUGGGUCUUCUAGUACAUCAAGCUCCUACAGUGUUUCUCAAAGCCAAGGCUCAACUGUCUAUGGGCCAUCUCAAGGGCUUGCCAGCCAAUAUGGUGGAUUCCAGACACAGCAAGGUACAACUUGGCUAAGCUCUGCCCCAGGUUUAACUGUGAUCCAACAGGCCUCUCCAAGUGUAGUUUCACGUGGUUCAACUUCCAGUACUUCAAGCUCUGGCACUGGUUCUCAGAACCAAGGCUCCUCUGUCUAUGGGCUAUCUCAAGGGCUUGCCAGCCAAUAUGGAUAUGUUAGAUUCCAAACACAGCAAGGUAUAAAUCAGCCAGGUUCUGUUCCUGCCAUUGUGACCCAGCCAGCCUCUGACAGUGCCAUGUCUAAUGGCUCUAGUAUGUCAAGUUUCUACAGUGGUUCUCAAAGCCCUUCUACCUCUUGGCUCUCACUAGCACUUUCCAGACCAUCUGGUAGUGUCCAGACACAUCAUGGCAUAACCCAGCUUGGCUCUCUACCUGGAUUAUCUGUGACCCAGCCAUCCUCUGACAGUGCAGUGUCUAAUGGGUCUUCUAGUACAUCAAGCUCCUACAGUGUUUCUCAAAGCCAAGGCUCAACUGUCUAUGGGCCAUCUCAAGGACUUGCCAGCCGAUAUGGUGGAUUCCAAACACCGCAAGGUACAACUCGGCUGAGCUCUGCCCCAGGUUUAUCUGUGAUCCAGCCAGCCCCUGACAGUGCAGUGUCCAGUGGUUCUGCUGCCAGUACUUCAAGCUCCUACAGUGGUUCUCAAAGCCCCUCUGCCUACUGGCAGUCACUAAGCUCACUUUCCAGUCAAUAUGUUGGUUCACUGGGACUGCAAGGUAUGAAUCAGAUAAGCUCUGCCCCAGGUUUAACUGUGCUCCAGCAGGCCACCCCAAGUGUAGUUUCAAGUAGUAUUUCCAGUAGUUCAAGCUCCUACCCUGGUUCUCAAAGCCAAACUUCAACUGGCUAUGGGCUGUCCCAAUGGCUUGCUAGCCGCUAUGGUAGUUUUCAAACACGGCCGGGCACAAACCAACUGAGCUCUUUAACUGUGACCCAACAGGUCCCUGAGAGUGGAAUGUCAAGUGGCCCUGUUGCCUCUGGUAUUUCUUCCAGCUCCCUCAGUGGUUCUCAAAGCCCAUCUUCCUCUUGGCUCUCACUAGGGAUUACCAGGCCCUAUAGUAGUACCCAGACACAGCAUGGCAUAAACCAACGUGGCUCUGCACCAGGAUUAACUGUGAUCCAACCAGCCUCUGACAGUGCAGUGUCCAAUGGUUCUGCUACUAGUAUUUCAGGCUCCUACAGUGGUUCUCAAAGCCCAUCCACCUUCUGGCAGUCACUAAGCUCACUUUCCAGUCAAAAUGUUGGUUCACAAAGACAGCAAAGUGUAAAUCAGCUUGGUACUGUACCCAGAUUAACUGUGAUCCAACCAGCCUCUGACAGUGCAGUGUCCAGUGGUUCUGCUGCCAGUACUUCAAGCUCUGGCACUGGUUCUCAGAGCCAAGGCUCCUCUGUCUAUGGGCCAUCUCAAGGGCUUGCCAGCCAAUUUGGUAGAGUCCAGACACAACAAGGUACAACUCAGCUGAGCUCUGCCCCAGGUUUAACCGUGAUCCGACCAGCCUCUCCAAGUGUAGUUUCACGUGGUUCAACUUCUAGCACUUCAAGCUCCUACAGUGGUUCUCAAAGCCAAGGCUCAACUGGUCUACCUCAAGGGCUUGCCAGCCAAACUGGAUACAGAUUCCAAACACAGCAAGGUAUAAAUCACAUGAGCUCUGCCCCAAGUUUAACAGUGACCCAACAGGCCUCUCCGAGUGUAGUUUCAAGUGGUGCUACUGCCAGUACUUCAGGCUCCUACAGUGGUUCUCAAAGUCCAUCUACCUCUUGGCUCUCACUAGCACUUUCCAGACCAUCUGGUAGUUCCCAGACACAGCAUGGUGUAAACCAGCUUGGCUCUGUGAUCCAGCUGGCCUCUGACAGUGUGGUGUCCAAUGGUUCUGCUACUAGCACUUCAAGCUCCUACAGUGGUUCUCAAAGCCAAGGCUCAACUGGUCUACCUCAAGGGCUUGCCAGCCAAACUGGAUACAGAUUCCAAACACAGCAAGGUACAACUCGGCUGAACUCUGCCCCAGGUUUAACCAUGAUCCAACAGGCCUCUCCAAGUGUAGUUUCAAGUGGUUCAACUUCCAGUACCUCAAGCACCCAUACUGGUUCUCAGAGCCGAGGCUCCAGUGUCUAUGGGCUAUCUCGAGGGCUAGCCAGCCAAUCUGGUAGAUUACAGAUGCAGCAAGGUACAACUCACCUGAGCUCUGCCCCAGGUUUAACUGUGAUCCAACAGGCCUCUCCAAGUGUAGUUUCAAGUGGUACUACUUCCGGUCCUUCAGGCUUGCACACUGGUUCUCAGAGCCAAAGUGCAACUGGCUAUUGGUCAUCUCGAGGGCUUUCCAGUCGGUAUGAUUUGCAGACACAGCAAAGCACACAUUUGAAUCAGCAGGCCUCAAGCACUUUAACAUCCAGUCACUCUAAUGUGAAUACUUCAAACACCUACAGUGCUUCUCAAAACCCUAGUUUGUCUCAAGCAGGUGGCAGCUAUCUUGGUGUACGGAACCAGAAUAUCCAGAAACCAGGGGCCUUCAAUCAACAGGUUCCUGCUCUGUGGAUGGGUCGGUACUCUUGUAAAAAUGGUUUCAAUAGCUCAUCUGAUAUUUCCAAGCUUUCCUGAUUUUGUGAAUGCUAAUUGGGCAAUGUCUUGAAUCCUUGCUUGAGUUUUAAAGGACUUCUGCCCUGCUUAACUCUGGUAAAGCCAAGUGUAAUUGUAUUGCUUAACAUGCAUUCUGUCUAAAUGAUCUAUUAAAGCAUUCUUGCAGUA